CUAGCAUUUUCUUUACGCGCAUGUGAUAGUGAAUCCAUUCACAGAACCAUCAAGCCAAAGAGCGUGAAGUCAAGCCCUAGUUGCAGUGGGAGUUAGGACAAAGAGAGCAUUUUCAUUCUUCGAAUAAAGUCAAUGGCGGGGACUGGCCAUUCAAGUUUGGGAGUCGUGCUCCUGUGCGUGCUGGCAAUCGGCUUCGCCAGCACCGCUCGCGCGAUGGGCCCUUUCGCAAGAGCCAACACAUUCCCUGGAACUUUGCGAUGCAUACUCCGCGCAAAUAUGGCCGCUGGCCAUGUAGUGGCAGCUACUAAGGCCGCCGCCGACACGCAAGGCACGCUCGAUAUCUACGUGUACAGUUUUAGAAACCGCAUCAACGUGCGAGUGAUCCUUUUCUCCUACGGCCUUGAUGUCAACUCGAAACCACUCAAUCAAACCAUCAAUUUCGGGCCCAAGGGACUCAACGGCGGAUGGCUGUGGAACGUGACAGGGACGUGGGUGCCGCAGAGCGACAUACAGAUGCAGCUCGACUCGUGGUUCGCUCAAGCUAAACGAACCCGACCUCUUGCCGCGUACAAGAACGUGUAUAAGAUGGUGAAGAUGAUAGACCGGAUGCCCAAAAUGUACUAUGCCACUGUGAACACAGAGGCCUUCCCCGAGGGCGCGGUUAGAGGGCAAUUUUCACGUCAUUUUCCAAAGCUGAUGGUGAACCGCCAGGUCUGCUAGGGAGGCUCCCUAGAGGAUGGAAACGCCUAUUCAUGAAUAAGCGGAAUAAAGUGUUUUUUGCCCCACUUAUGUAAUGAUGUUCUCUUCCUACUAAUAUCUUACCUAU